CAAAAAUUUUCCGCUAUUAGCAAAUAAAAUAAAUCAUGAAAAAGAAUACGAGAAAAAAGCAACAAUUAGAAUAACAAGAAGACUAUCAAAAAAAGAAAACAAAAUUAGAAAUAUUAGAUGCUGAUUAGCACAUUUAAAAAUACAAUAACAACUUGGAUAAUUUAAUUGAUAUUUUCACUAGAUAUGAAAGAGAAGAUGACUUUACAUAAAAUCUAAUGACAACCUCUAAAUUGUCAAAAAUAUAAAAAAUUCAUGAUUUGAGUUUAGAUAUCUUUAAAGAAUAAUCAUUCUCAUUAGGACCAAAAGUUGAGAAUGGAGAUUUCUUAUAAGGUGACAAAGUAUAAAAAAUUGAAUCUGUUAAGAAAUCCAUAAUGAAUGGCAAGUUAAUUGCUACUGUAAAAUGGAGAAAAAGGUAUUAUUUUAUAUGUUACUCAGGUCAAAUGGUACAAUUCCGAAAUCUAGAGAAUAUUUUACAAAUGAAGUUGCUAAAUAUGCUCCUAAGGAAUUGAUUAAGUAUUAUAAAAGUAGAAUGGUUACAACAACUAUUAUCGAAUAAUAAUAAGAUUGUUGAUAUAUAUUUUAGAAUUUUUCCACCACAC